CGUGCAACAACAUUCACAAUGGGUCGCGCUGAAGCUGGCACGGCGAAAGCCAUCGGCAACAAGAUCAAAGCCAAGGGAUUAGGUCGUCUGAGAUGGUACUGUCAAGCCUGCGAGCGCCAAAUGCGAGACGCAAACGGGUUCAAGUGCCAUAUUACUAGCGAAAGUCAUGUCCGUCAAAUGUUGAUUCUCGGAGAGAAUGCGCCAAAGGCUAUCAACGACUUCAGCCAGCAAUUUAUCGAUAACUUUGUGAAUAACUUGAGAACCCAGCACGGAGAAAAGAAGGUCCAUAUCAACCACUUCUACAAUACUGUUAUCAGCGAUCGCGAGCACAUUCACAUGAACAGUACAAAAUUCCAAUCUCUUACUCAAUUCGCCCAAUACCUAGGCAAGAACGGGAUUUGCCGAGUGGAGGAGACCGAGAAGGGAAUUUUCGUAUCAUGGAUCGACAACUCGCCCGAGACAUUGCGGAAAAGGGAGGCUAUCCAAAAGAAAGAGCGGGAGGAGAAGAACGAUGAACAGCGAGAACAAAGAAUGAUCAUGGAACAGGUGGAGCGCGCCCGCAGCGCUGCCAAGGAUAUGAAGGCCUCCGCCGAGGAGGAAGAUGCGGACGCAAAACUACUUCAGCGAGAGGAAGGCGAGAAAAUGACCUUAAACCUCAGCUUUGGUCCGAAGAAGACCGAUACAAAAAUCGACACAAAGACCGAUUCUUCGAAGUCGGAAUCUCCAGAUGUGAAGGAUACAUCUGGCACUGGUUCCCCAGCUGAAGAGGCUGCGCCGGCACCUGCCAAGAUUUCCAUGUCAUUUGGUGCCCAGAAACCAAAGAAUGUGUUUGCUUCGGCCGGGAAGAAGAAUCCUUUGGCUGGGAAGAAGGGUCCCAUGCUUGUGCAGCCUAAGAAGAUGACUGAGCAGGAAAGGAUUAUGAAGGCGGAGAUGGAGGCUAUGGAGCGUAAGCGAUCUCGUCCAGACUCGGGAUUUGCGAAUCAGAAACGGCCUAAGUUGGCGUAA